GUCGUCACUAUCGGACUUAUGGGUGGGAUGCGCCGCCAGUGGCCUUGGCUCCCUUCCAUGGUUGUUUGGGCGACGGCGCUAGUCCUUUCAGCGUACGUUCCAACGACCACGUCGUCGGCGGUGCUCUUCUUUGCACCAGACUUUCGUGGUGACAACUUCACCGUUUCGAUCAACCAACCGUUCGUGUCAGCUCGCAACUCGACGGGUAGCUACCUUAUCGUUCGGUCGUUCUCCGUUCCCAUUGGCCUGGCCCUGGUUGGCUCGUACACGCAGACCAGUCUGUCCAAGCACUACCGCGUAUACACGUCGGAUGUAGCAGACAUUUUCCACGGCAUUCAAUCGUGGCGUCUUGUCACCGUGACGGAAGCAUCUGCGCUGCCACCUGUGCCUCCUGCAUCAGUCACCGUCGUCGGCUACAACACUACCAGUUACGGCUACCACGGUGCCUACCCGCCGUUCUUUCAGCUAGCUCCGGGCGACAUUGUAGACGCGAUGCUCCCGUGGUUCAGCGUGCGGUCGGUGCGGAUCCCAGCGGGCGUCGCCGUGUCCAUGUUUGACACCACAAACGACGUUCCUUUCGUCUACUACGAAGACCAAUAUUAUCUGGCAAAUACAGGGCUAGCGAAGCUGGUGAAGUUUCAAGUGGCAGUUCGCAACACGACGAGCAUCCCCUCUGCUGGCGACGACUUGGUGCUCUACACUAGCCCCAACUUUCAAGGCAAGCAAGUUCUCCUCAAAGCUGGCAACGCCGUACCUCAACUGCUCUUCACCCUCGACUUCAUUCCGUCGAUUGGAUCGUUUCUAAUUCCGCCGCAUCUGGUGUUUGUCACGUACGAGUUUGGGUUUUACCAAGGCACAAGCCGAGUGUAUCGGACCUCGAAUUCUGACUUUACGUACCCCACAAGUCGGUAUAGCUUCAGGUCGUUUCAGGUGUUUACUCGGGACUUGUUUGUGGACACGCCGGCGUCACCAGCCCCCGAAGUACGCUGCUCCAUCUACACGUUCAACGCCCAAGUCAUUGAACUGCAAGGCGUGUACCGAGUGGGCGAGUACCCCCUGCUCCCCUAUCGCUCGUGCACGCUCCUUGUCGUGCCCCCUGGGCUCGUGGCCGUCGGGUACGAGCGCCAAUGGUUCCUCGGUCCCGCGACAGUCUGGUCGGAAAGCGCGACCCUGACGGCCGAAAUGUCCUUCCGGCUGCGGUCUAUCCGGGUGGUGGUCCGUGGCGAUCCGACGAUUCCAAAUGUGACGGCCCCCCAGCGCCCCGACCCGGCUUUGUACUUUGAUGUGGGGGUGACCAAGUUCAUAGCGGGGGUGUACAAAUACGGCGAAGACGUGCCAGGAAUCGACGACUGGGCGACCUACCAAGACGCGAACGAGAUGAACCCCCGCAUCAAGGACGGCAUCGAGGCCGCAUUCUUUCCAGAGUACAAUUUCCAAGGCAACCCAACCAUUGUGUCGAAAACGUCAUUUCAAUUUCUCAAAGGGCUGUACAGAUCCAUCAAAACACGACCGAAAACCAAUUUGCCGUGGCCCGACUUGCACACGUCGGCGUUUGUCGGGUGCUUUACAUCGUGGGCAAGUGUCACGCCAACGUUUUUAGCUCAAGACGAAAGCGUGGCGAUGUUCAUGUACCCCUGGGACGGAUACGUCACCACGCUCACGAUUCCUACCGGAUUGGCCGUGUUUGGCUACGACGAGUCCAACUUCCAAGGCCAGAUGGUGAGGUGGACUGCGUCGACCGUCGACGUCGCAUCCGUCAAGUUUACCCUUCGGUCCGUCCGCGUCAAGGACGCUUCGUGGGUCGACAACCCCCCAACGACCACGUCCGCCCCCAAGACUGCGUCUGUCGCCUCCUCCACCGUCGCCACCUCCACCUCUUCCGCUCCGGUGGUCAGUAUUACCCCCAUAGCGCCAAGCUCCACUGCCCCUGACUUUUCUAUCGACUACGCCCCAAUUGAAGACCCCACUGGUAACGACGCGUCGACUCGUUCCACGAACCCUUCCCCCACGACGACGACGAUGAUGACGACGAUUUCCCCUCAAGUGUCUGUGACCUUGCGUGUGAAUGCAUCAACCACCUCCUCGUUCAACACCACCAUGUUUCCGUCGCCCUUAAGCAAAACGAAUGGCGAUGCCCCUACAUCCAGUCCAGACGUGUCGUCCCCCCCCCCUCCCCCCCCAGUGUUUCUUGCAACGUUGUCUCAGAAUGGCAAUCCGUCGGCUCAAAUCGUGCUCGGCGCCGUUGGUGGUGUUGCUGUCGUCGUGGUCGUUCUUGUCGUUGUGGCCCGGCGCCGCAACCCACGCAGUUCGUUGGCCAAGGCGAUAACUUCAACCAGUAGUACGACGAAUGCAACGGCCACCGAGUUCCAUUCGCUGAAGUGGGGCGACGUGGAUUUGAUCCGCAUGAACAUGGCGCCGUUCGCGCUGACCCAGCGCUUGGCGACUGGUGCGACAGGGUCGAUUUGGCUCGCGACGCUGCAGCAGACCCCUGUGGUUGUCAAAACGUUCUUGUCCUGUACCCCUCGUGCAUCGGACGUCCAGCGGCUGCUCGACGAGAUUGCAUUUAUGCGGUCGUUGUCGAGUCCGUACAUUGUACACCUCGUCGGCGCGACGUGGACACACCCGACCAACUUGCAGGCCGUGCUCGAGUACAUGAACUUGGGCGACUUGCGCCAAUUUCUCGCUAGAACCACAAGCGACACGUUUGGCUGGCCGAGCAAACUCGAGUGCGCGCUCGGGACUGCCGAGGCGCUGUUCUACCUCCAUUCGCAGGACAUGAUUCACCGCGACCUUAAGAGCCGCAACAUUCUCCUCGACGCGGCUAAAGGCACCAAGCUGGGCGACUUUGGCUCGUCCAAGGAGAUCGUCGUAGGCGCGACCAUGACAGCAGCCGUCGGAACGUUCCGGUGGAUGGCGCCGGAGAUGCUCGUGUUCAAGGCGUACACGAGCGCCGUGGAUAUUUAUUCACUGGGGGUCGUCUUGACAGAGCUGAGCACCCAUGAACUCCCGUUUGCGAAUGCUCGAGACGCCCAAGGGCGUGUCCUGGAAGACGAGGCACUUGCCUGCCACGUGAUUCACAACCACCUGCGGCCGACGUGUGCCAACGGCUGCCCCCAGUGGUUUCAAUCGUUGGCGGGUCGAUGCAUGGCAGCUGAACCAUUGGAUCGACCGGCGGCGCCGGAAGUUAUUUACAUCCUCAAGUCCAACAUGCGACAGAGUGGAAAGGUCUCGAGUGGUAGUUAAAACUCGAGAUGCUGUAGUUUGUGAUACUGUACAUUGUACUGAGUAGACGUUAUAGUACCUGCAUUGUGAAGCACUAGAUCGAUUCAAAGCUCGUUGCGG